AUGUCAGACUGGCAGACGUGGCAGUGGAUGAUGCAGCAGACGAUCUUUCCGGACAAAUUAUCGCCAGGGUCUUUCAAUCACAGGAUCUUUAAAGUGGCCGCGAUGAAAGAAUUGAACCUGACUUCCAAUCUGUCGUCUGUAAAUGGACCACCUCACCUCGGAUUUUACGCCGGCACACCUAUUCUUACGAAACACGGCAUCGGCAUUGGCGUUGUUUUCCUAGUUGAUGGCUGUGAACGGAAGAAACUGCGCAUAGUAGAGAUUAAAGCUCUUGAAGAGGUAGCUUCCAGGUGCAUAGAACUAAUGGAUCUUACUCGAGAGAAGUGUUUUCACGAAAGAUGGGUCAGCAUACAAGAAGAGUUGGAGAUCUUUGUACAGACUCAUGUCCUUACAGCUCAAGCGAUAGAGGAACCGCCCAUUAGAAAGACGAUAGUAGGGUUAGAGCAUAAAAGGAGUAAGAAGCGCCUGGCUCCUCUGCGCAUCGCAGAGCCACCACUUGUCGGAGAGGAUAACCCGGAGAUUCAGGGUGAGGAAUCACAAAGGCUUGUACGGGCAGAGCUGGAGCGAGACGAACGAAUUGCGCAAGAAGACAACGAGCAAGAUGCCCGUACACUGAAAGCAGAAGCCAGCCACAACAAUAAAAGAGGUAGAUUACAGGGCGAAACGGUAUACCGAAAGUUGUUCCGUAGGGCCGCUCAGUGUCUCCAGCAAGCUAUGGAGGUUGACGGUGCUGUCUUCGUAGAUGGCCUUGUUGGAUACCAUGGAGGUGUACAGCCCGUUAGCGAGACUGAACAAGAGCUAAAUAAGGAAAUCACGGCAGUGACUCGUCAAGCUAUCCUUCGAGAGAAGCAAAAGUCCAUCCCACCCACAGACAACAGCCCAGGCCACCGGAAAAGAAGAUAUCAAUACAAGAGACAGGAUAAGAUUCAAAGCCAUACAAGAGUUUUCACAAGCGCUGAAUAUCAGAGGGGUGUUAAGGUAAAGCAGCUGGCGUUACUCUUAGGUGCUUCAUUUCAUGACGAAACCGACGUGGCAGAAACAUCUGAUUCGGGGGUUGCGCGGGGUCUGUCGACAAUAAACGAGGGCUUCCUGCAAAGGCUUAUGGACCGCCAUCCUACCGGGGCAAUUUGGUAUCUACAGGGCACCAAAAUGACCCUUGUGGACGGGGACAUGCUCGUCGGGGGUGAUCAGAAUAGGGAAGCGGAGAAGUUGACGAAGGCUUUCCCAAGUGCAAAGCAGCUUAUGUUUCAACCACUCAAGGAUCCCACCUCUGUCAAGCGGCUAGCAGCCUGCUUCGUGUGGAGGAAUGCUGGCUUCCCAACUUUUGAGCCUGUAAUGGACCUUCGAUCUCUGAAGAGCUUCUUGCGCGUAGUGGAGUCGGAAAUAUCAAGAACUGACUCGGCUGCCGCCGUGAAACAACAAGAGACCUUUGUCUCAUCUGUAAGCCAUGAGCUAAGAACCCCGCUGCACGGAAUCUUGGGUGCGGUGCAACUCUUGCAAGACACAGGCCUGAGCACUCUACAAAAUGCUUUAGUCGACACUAUUACUACGUGUGGCUCCACUCUCCAUGAAACUCUCACAAGUGUCCUGUCUUACGCGAAGAUCAAUCAGUUUGAGCGUCGGCAGCACAAGUACCGUCAAAGACGCCCUCCGGAUACGGAGUGGGCACUCCAAGACAGAAGAUUAUCCGGUUCGGGGCCAGACCGAGACUACGAGGGCCUUUACAUUCGCACCAAUGUUGCAAUGCUUUGCGAGGAGAUCGUGGGGGUGCUCGAAGCCGGCCAAUCUUUCAGCCAGUACAUCAGUAACAGCAAUGUUACUGUCGCUCUCUACGUCGACUAUGAAGACAACUGGUCCUACUAUACGGAGCCUGGAGCAUUGCGCCGUAUCAUUGUGAAUUUGGUCGGCAAUGCACUGAAGUACACCUCCGAGGGCUCAGUUGAAGUCAAAAUGUCCUCGUCAAAGAAUAGUCAAGAUGGGGAUGCCAAUAGCAAUGAUCAGAUUGAUGGGAGAACUCUAAUUCUGACUAUCCAAGAUACUGGAAAGGGAAUCUCCAAAGAUUUCCUGGAAAAUCAACUCUUCGUCCCCUUCACCCAGGAAGAUACCGCAACAUCACAUGGAGUCGGGCUGGGUAUGUCCAUUGUCAAAAGUCUAGUAUCUUUACUUGCAGGCGAAAUCCAUGUCAAAAGCGAAGUAGGCAAGGGUACCGAGAUUAAACUCAGAAUACCAAUGCGACUGGCCGAACCUACCGUUGAAAUCAGCGACAAAUCAGCAUUGGCCCUUGAACAAAAAAUCUCCCUUAUCCGCCAGCAGCGCCUCACAGUCGUCGUUUUCGGUUUGCCAGAUCCAGUCAAAAGUUCGUUAACAUCAUACCUACGGGAUUGGUUCCACUGCACCAUUGUUGAGGGGACAACUGAGUCCUCACCAGAUAUCAUUCUAGUUGACGAGGGCAAUGAGGAGGUCUUUGAACUGGUAAACUCGACCGCUGACACAUAUGGCAAAAGUGGCAUCCUCCUCAGCAUUGUAGUGACACAAAAGAAUCUAGCGAACCCUAUGAAAUUAGUACAGGGAUAUCAGAAGUGGGAGAGGAUACCGCGACCGCUAGGCCCAAACAAUGUAGCAAAUGCAGUCCUGGUUUGUAUUAACAAACUGCGCGAGCUUAGGCAGCAGGACAGUGACGGGCGGGUCCAGAAACAUGUUGAGAUGUUGUUGGAGACACACAAAGAAAGGAAAAAUUCCGUCAAGACCAUGCAUGGUGUCAAAUGGGUAGAGCGCUCGAUAUCACCCAAAUCGUUCGGCGAUCUGCCUGGGAUGCCCUCGACCAUAGCUCCAAGGCAGGUUGCAACUCAUCUGAAUACCAAUACGGCUCGGCAAUCUAUAUUCCCGCCAUCGACCAGAGAUGCUCCUUUAUCAGUCUCUGACGACGUGCCUAGGAAGCUUCGUAUUCUACUCGUUGACGACAACACACUCAACCUGAGGCUGCUGGAAGCAUUUCUCGGAAAGCACGGGUAUCAUAAUGUAGACCAAGCCAACAACGGAGAGAAAGCGGUGAAAGCAUUCAAGGGGUCCCCGAGUGGAUUUGACAUGAUUUUCAUGGGUAAGGAAACUCUCGCAUUACUCUUGCCCCCUUUUCAGCUCUCCAAUCAUAUGGUAACAACUGCUAUAGACCUUUCAAUGCCAGUGAUGGAUGGAUUUGAAGCCACACGGCAGAUCCGUUGUAUUGAACAGGAAAGAGGUGGCAUAUCGUAUGCCGAUCCCUCCGUAAUAGUGGCAUUGACUGGACUUGCCAGCGGAAGGGACGAGGAAGAUGCUUUUACGGCUGGUGUAGAUUUUUAUAUCACCAAACCUGUACAAUUUGACGAGCUAGCAAGGCUAUUGGAACAACGGGAGGAAGAAAGAGCUGACUUGAUUGGUCGUUAA